AUGGCGCAGGUCAUUCCUUUUGCAAUUCCCAUGGAGAAUGACAAAACCUUGCUGGUGUGGGAGCUAAGCUGUGGGCCCACGGCGGAAGCCUUGCAUCAUUCUCUGUUCAUAGUCUUCUCCCAGUUUGGCCUUCUCUAUUCCGUUCGAGUCUUCCCAAAUGCAGCAGUGGCCGGUCCUGGCUUCUAUGCCAUCAUCAAGUUUUAUUCAGCAAGAGAUGCCCAGAAAGCCCAAAAGGCUUGCAACCAGAAGCAGCUUUUUCAGAACUCUCCUGUGAAGCGAAGCAAUUGUAGAAGCCAGACCUUCCACCAUCUGAACCCCAUAAUGAUUCUGGGUCCAUGUCCCCCAGGGGAUAAAGAAGAGGAAAGCUUCCCAACCCAGCUGUCCAACAACAGAUGAGUGGUUGAGCAAGCCCAUCUUGGAUGGAGCUUGAAGAAAUGUUAAGUGAAAUAAGUCAAAAACAGAAGGAUGAAUUUGGGAUGAUCUCAGUCUCAGGCAGAAGUUGAAAAACAAGAUCAGAAGAGAAAACACUAAGUGGAACUUGGACUGGAGUUGUUGUUUUGAACCAAAGUAAUAGACUCUCGGGUGGGUGGGGGGAGAGUUCAGGUCCAAGAACAUGAUGGCAGAGGACCUAUUGGGGGUUGUAUUGUUAGGUGGAAAACUGAGAAAUGUUAUGCAUGUACAAACUAUUGUAUUUACUGUCAACUGUAAAACAAUCCCACAAUAAAGAUAUUUAAAAAAAAAAAAAAAGAGAGAGGAAAGCCUCCAAUGGAAGGAGUGGGUUAGGCAUGAAAUUUUAGUCCUGUCACUAUUAAUAUAACAUGUUUUGGGGAAAAUAA